UUUUUUUUUUAGCAAUAAUGAGCCUCUGUUUUUUGGUGAAUUACAUUCUGGUGCAUUAUUAUUAUUAUGAUUAUUAUUAUGAUUAUUAUCAUGCUGAUUGUUCAGAUUGUUGUUUCCAGAGAAAGGGAAGAGAGAGAAUGGCAGCGUCCGAACACUGCUUUCUUUAUUGUUUUGGUUACUGAGGUCAGAGUUAAUGAAGUGUUCGUGUUAAUGUAGCAUGGCAUUAAGUAGCUGAAGGAAUAAUUAUGUCAGUGCGAGGUCCUCACAAAGAUAGUAAGAUAAGUGUGUGUGCGCGCGUGACACACCUCUGAAUCUUUUGCGCUGUCAUUUGCUGCGAUUUGUUUUUAAGUCGUCUAUAUGCACCCUGUAGAACCGAAUUUGUGUGACACUCGGACAAUCGCAAAUUCGCAUCUACGGGACUACAUGGGCGAUUUCUGACCCCUGAGUCCAUACAGUACACUGGGUUUAGAUUUAAUCCGUACUGAAACAUACAGUGUGUGUGUGUGUGUGUGUUAGACCAGGGAUGUUAGACUAUAGAUAAAUGAUAUUUAUCCCGUUUUGGACAUGAUUAAGGAAUUGGGGGGGGGGGGUGUUUAUAGUUUCAAUAACGUUCCAGAUUACUUUAUUAUUAUUAUUAUUAUUAUUAUUAUUAUUAUUAUUAUUAUUAUUAUUAUUAUUAUCAGCAGCAGCAAUGAUUUAAAGAGUGCUGGUAAUCCCAGAUGAGUCUAAGGAAUUUAUUUAUUUUAAUCUUAAUAACCCAAACCGCAACUUUUCCCCAAAACACCUACGAUAUUUAUCUGCAGGAUCUUUUCGAUAUUUCGGUAAAUAGUACGAUACUUCACUGAUCCAUACUAAAAUUAAUCAGGCUAAAGGGAGACCGAUAAUGAAUUUCUUUAGGAUUUAGCAUGUUUUUAAAAUAGAAAAUUUGAAAAUAAACUGACAAAUGUUUUCUAGGUUGUAAUUCUUGUAAUUGAACCUCCUUUCAAGUGCAACUAGAAAUAUUUACAAUAGAAUUCCGCCUGCGGUCCAUCUCUACACAUCUCAUCUCAUCACAGUAUCUCUUACACAAAUAAAGCAGCACGGUGAUGAUUGAUUUAAUUAUUUUUUUGUUUGCAUAACACAUGAGUGGGUUUGUACGUUGCCAAGAAAAAGCUUGGCUUCCUCAUCCGGGUAUUUUGACCCCAGUGCCUGCUAUUGGCCCGAGCCGAGUCUCGUGAUCAAAGAAACUUUGCAGGCUCCGCUUCAGUGCUGGGAGGGGUGGGCUUUUAUAGAGCAGUAAAACGACACAAAGAAGGAAAAUUUAUUUCUUCCCCCUCCCUAAAUUAAUGAUCAUGAGCUCGUAUUUGAUGAACUCGAACUACAUCGAUCCUAAAUUUCCUCCGUGCGAAGAAUAUUCGCAAAAUGACUACAUCAGUGCUGAAUGUUACAGACGCGCCCGGGACACCGACUACCAGCAGGAGUUGUUAUAUCCUCAAAGUGUCACCUACCAGGAGGGCAAAUAUGAAUGUGAAAGCAUUCCCGAGCACGGGGGGCAUUUACAUGGGGCAAAAGCAUACACACCUCCGACUGCUGCCCCUGCCACCCAGACAACUGCCCCUGAACUGCCCUCCGACAGCAAAGAGCCUGUGGUGUAUCCCUGGAUGAGGAAAAUCCACUCCGGUGCAGCGAACUCGUACGGUUCCGAGCCCAAGCGUUCCCGCACCGCUUACACUCGCCAGCAGAUCCUGGAGCUGGAGAAGGAGUUUCACUACAGCAGAUAUUUAACCAGAAGGAGAAGAAUCGAGAUUGCCAACACGCUGUGUCUGAAUGAGAGGCAGAUCAAGAUCUGGUUUCAGAACCGCAGGAUGAAAUGGAAGAAAGAUCACAGGUUACCCAACACCAAAGUCCGACCUUCAUCCUCCUCUUCUUCUUCUUCUUCGUCCUCAAACAGUGCAGCGCGAGACCAGGACAUCACAAAAACUUAAACUAAAAAAAGAGAGACAUUUCAUGGACACCAGUAACAAAAUUUCAUCGCCUUAUUUUAAACAGAAUCAAAUGUUUAUUUAUUUUUAGCUUAUUAUUUGUAUUUACAAUUAAAACGCAUUCAAUCGUAAGUAUUUAUUUCGUAUUAUUUUUAUGUUAAUACUUGAACAGGACACAAUCUGUCCGCCGUCUAUUUGCCAACUUGCACAUUAUUUAUUUACACAAUUAAUUCAUCUGUUAUUUAUGUUGUUGUUGUUGUUUGUUUUCUUAAAUGUAAUGAGUCUAAAGAUUUUAGCUUGCUAUAAUAUGGGCCACUUGCAGAAGAUUGGAAAAACAAUAACUUAGGCCAUUUUAUUUUUUCGUGUUUGUUUGUGAUGCCCGAUGAAUAUUAGAUGGUGAUUUUUAACUUAAUGUGAAGUGGACAUGGUGUUAAUUUGUGUUGUAAGUGACUGUUGGCCAAUAAAGUUGUCAAUGCAUCAAAAUGUGACCAAAAUGCAUUUUAUAAUAGUUUCUUCCCUGUUUUUUUUUUAGUUUUACGGCAAUUUCUCAACAAGAACAAAUAAAUCAAAGCAAGCGCAAUGCUGAGUA